UGGUGACAAACGGUAGUGUUGAUUAACACCUCAGCUCAAACAUAUGUUUUGAAAGACACACGCGGAAUUUUUGUUUGGAGUUCCUAAAACCCGCAAUCUCUCUAAAAUGACUACAACCAGCACAAUAGUGAUGCCCGGAGAGCGUAUUACGGCCAUUGAAGAGUUGGCCAAGAGCAAACGGGUGAUUUUGGGACCUGGACUGCGCCGACAAGACGAAACAGUAGUGGCCAGCAAGGCGGGACCACUUCGUCACAAGGAACCUGCCACAUUUUGGGUGGACAACUAUCAAAGGAGAUAUAUACCGGCACGUGGAGAUUUGGUCCUGGGAGUAGUUCGUUCUAAGGCUGGUGAUAUAUAUCGCGUGGAUAUCGGAGCAGCUGAUACGGCUUCUAUAUCUUACCUAGCCUUUGAGUCGGCCACCAAAAAGAAUCGCCCUGAUUUAAACCCUGGAGAUCUGAUCUACGCAAGAAUUCUGAAUGCCAGUGCUGAUAUAGAACCUGAGUUGGUUUGCGUCAAUUCCGUGGGCAAACGUGGUAAACUAGGCGUUCUUGCCGAAGGAUUUUUCUUUAAGUGCAGUCUAAAUCUGGCUAGGAUGCUUCUCCGGGAAAACUGUCCGGUACUUGCUGCCCUAACCCGACAAUUGCCCUACGAGAUCGCUGUGGGUGUCAACGGAAGGAUUUGGCUGAAGGCUCAUUCCCUCAAAGAAACGAUUGCCCUGGCUAAUGCCAUUAUGGCGCUGGAACAAACGGGCUAUACGGAAAUUGACAAAAUAUGCGAUAAUCUGGGUGACUUCCUGCAGGCCUAGGAUUAGUUAUUAGUUUAUUUUACUUACAAAUAAAAUUUAAAAAAAUGUAAAAUUGAA